CUCGGGCCGGCACCGGUGACUCAGAGUGUUCGCGGGAGCCGAGCGCAGCACCGACACCAGCCAACCCCGAUCCCGAUCCCGAGGUGCGACAGGCGCCCGCCCGCCCGGCCCAGCUUCUGCCACCGGCCCUGCCAGGAGUGCGCCCGAGCGCCAGGCACACUCCUCCAACUCCGCAGCCCUCUGCCCUUCGGCGGUGGUCGUGCCCUUCAGUCCCUGGGACAACUGACCCCCUCCUCCGAGGGCAGCGCUGCCACCCUGCCGGCCAUGGAGACCCCGUCCCAGCGGCGCGCCACCCGCAGCGGGGCGCAGGCCAGCUCGACCCCGCUGUCGCCCACCCGCAUCACCCGGCUGCAGGAGAAGGAGGACCUGCAGGAGCUCAAUGACCGCCUGGCCGUCUACAUCGAUCGCGUGCGCUCCCUGGAGACGGAGAACGCCGGGCUGCGCCUCCGCAUCACCGAGUCCGAGGAGGUGGUCAGCCGCGAGGUGUCCGGCAUCAAGGCGGCCUACGAGGCCGAGCUGGGGGACGCCCGCAAGACCCUCGACUCGGUGGCCAAGGAGCGCGCGCGCCUGCAGCUGGAGCUCAGCAAAGUGCGCGAGGAGUUCAAGGAGCUCAAAGCCCGCAAUACCAAGAAAGAGGGCGACUUGCUGGCCGCCCAGGCGCGUCUCAAGGACCUGGAGGCUCUGCUCAACUCCAAGGAGGCAGCCCUGAGCACGGCGCUCAGUGAGAAGCGCACACUAGAGGGCGAGCUGCAUGACCUGCGGGGACAGGUGGCCAAGCUUGAGGCCGCCCUGGGUGAGGCCAAGAAGCAACUUCAGGACGAGAUGCUGCGGAGGGUGGACGCUGAGAACAGGCUGCAGACCCUGAAGGAGGAACUGGACUUCCAGAAGAACAUCUACAGUGAGGAGCUGCGUGAGACCAAGAGGCGCCACGAGACCCGCCUCGUGGAGAUUGACAACGGGAAGCAGCGCGAGUUCGAGAGCCGGCUGGCCGACGCGCUGCAGGAGCUGCGGGCCCAGCACGAGGACCAGGUGGAGCAGUACAAGAAGGAGCUGGAGAAGACCUACUCUGCCAAGCUGGACAAUGCCAGGCAGUCUGCCGAGAGGAACAGCAACCUGGUGGGGGCGGCCCACGAGGAGCUGCAGCAGUCCCGCAUCCGGAUCGACAGCCUGUCGGCGCAGCUCAGCCAGCUGCAGAAGCAGCUGGCAGCCAAGGAGGCGAAGCUUCGGGACCUGGAGGACUCUCUGGCCCGUGAGCGGGACACCAGCCGGCGGCUGCUGGCCGAGAAGGAGCGGGAGAUGGCUGACAUGCGGGCAAGGAUGCAGCAGCAGCUGGACGAGUACCAGGAGCUGCUGGACAUCAAGCUGGCCUUGGACAUGGAGAUCCACGCCUACCGCAAGCUGCUGGAGGGGGAGGAGGAGAGGUUGCGCCUGUCCCCAAGCCCCACCUCGCAGCGCGGCCGCGGGCGAGCCUCCUCCCACUCAUCUCAGUCGCAAGGCGGCAGCGGCAGUGUCACCAAGAAGCGCAAGCUGGAGUCCGCCGAGAGCCGCAGCAGCUUCUCGCAGCACGCGCGCACCAGCGGCCGCGUGGCGGUGGAGGAGGUGGACGAGGAGGGCAAGUUCGUGCGGCUGCGCAACAAGUCCAGCGAGGACCAGUCCAUGGGCAACUGGCAGAUCAAACGCCAGAACGGAGAGGACCCCUUGCUGACCUACCGGUUCCCGCCAAAGUUCACCCUGAAGGCCGGGCAGGUGGUGACGAUCUGGGCUGCGGGAGCUGGGGCCACCCACAGCCCCCCCACCGACCUGGUGUGGAAGGCGCAGAACACUUGGGGCUGCGGGAACAGCCUUCGCACAGCCCUCAUCAACUCCACUGGGGAAGAGGUGGCCAUGCGCAAGCUGGUGCGCUCAGUGACCAUGGUGGAGGACGAUGAAGACGAGGAUGGCGACGACCUGCUUCAUCACCACCACGGCUCCCACUGCAGCAGCUCGGGGGACCCCGCCGAGUACAACCUGCGCUCGCGCACCGUGCUGUGCGGGACCUGCGGGCAGCCUGCUGACAAGGCGUCUGCCGCUGGCUCGGGCGCCCAGGUGGGCGGAUCCGUCUCCUCUGGUUCCUCAGCCUCCAGUGUCACAGUGACCCGCAGCUACCGCAGUGUGGGGGGCAGUGGGGGUGGCAGCUUCGGGGACAGCCUGGUCACCCGCUCCUACCUCCUGGGCAACUCCAGUCCCCGGACCCAGAACCCCCAGAACUGCCGCAUCAUGUAAUGUGGGACCGGCCAGGCAAGGGAUGGGGUGGAAACCUCCUGCUUCCUCCUCACCUCAUGCCCACCUGUGCCCUGAACCUCAUGGGAGCAGGCCUGAAGCCAAAGAAAAAUAGCCCCUUUGGUUUUUUACUUCUAUAUUUUUUUUUCUAAGAGAAGUUAUUUUCUAUAGUGGUUUUAUACUGAAGGAAAAAUCACAAGCCAAACAAAGAAACAAACAAAAAAACUAGCCUUUAUUCCAAUCCUAAUUCCUCUCGCUUCCUUUCCUUGAGUAAGACGGCUCUGAGAAGCCCAGGGAAAAGGCUACUCUUACGCAGCCUACUUUCUGCCUCGCUGACCGCCCUGCUGCCCCUGAGCCCGGGACCCUGUGACAUGGUGCCUGAGAGGCAGGCUGGAGCCUUCCACCAGCCUCCUGAUGACAGCUGGCCCACUGCCAAGCCAGCCAGAGAGAGAGAGAGAGAGAGACAGAGAGACACAGAGGGAGAGAGAGGGAGAAGGGAAGAGAAGGGGAGGCUGAGCCUGGGCCCUAGGUCUGGACUUCCUGGCUCUCCUCCACACGGCUGAGGCUCCUGUGCCUGCCCUGCCCUCAUCCUGCCCCUUCCCUAGCCCGGGUGAGUGGACUCUCCUAGGACCCCCCCCCCCACCUGCGCUUGCUUUUAGUGGAUUUUAUGUUGACAAGAGAUGGGGAUGAGGUGGAGGAAGAACAGGGAGGAGGGACGGAAGUCAGUCUGAGAGUGGGUCCUGGCCAGUCACUGAAGGUCACGGUCAAGUCGGGUACAGUGAGGAAAGGAAAAAAGAGGCUGCUGGAGGGGGUGAGAGCCUGCUGGGAGGGGCCCACUGGAAAGAAAGAAGGUGAGAGGGACAGAGGGGGUGACCGACCGUAGUUCCUGGCAAACACUAAGCCCCUCACCCUCUGUUUCCCAUCUGCACCUCCCCAGAUCAAUACACUAGUUAUUUCCA